AUGUUUGUGACUCCAGCAAUGAGUAUCUACGAGUCGACAUUUGCUAAAUCGGACAAAACUGAUGCAAUUCUGGUGGUGGAGGGAAAGAAGUUGCAUGUUAAUAAAGCGGUUCUCUCAUUCCAUUCCGAGUACUUUAAGACGCUUUUCAAUGGAGAAUUUAAAGAAAAAUCGAUGCAGGAAAUCCCAAUCAAAGAUGUCAAAUUCGAAGAUUUCGCAGCGACUUUAAGUCUUCUUUAUCCAUGUCCCAUCAAGCCGACAGAAGAAAACGCCGAGAAACUUCUGGAACUUGCCGAACGAUUCCUCAUUCCAUCUGCCAAGUAUUCGUUGGAACUAUUUAUGAAAAUGUGCAAAAUGGAAAAAAUGAACAAGAUUCGAAUUGCUGACAAAUGCAAAUUCAUGGAUUCUCCAAUCGAUCUAUCUGCAUUCGUUCUCUAUAAUCUUCGUCUGUGGGAAUCCGCUGAAACAUCGUAUAAAAAAUAUGAAAAGCUGUGUAAAGCAAUGGGAAAAGAAGCGAUUUCAUAUGAAGAAUAUAAAUAUUGGUUCCAAAUGUUUUAUAAACAAAAAGAAAGAGAUGAUCUCCCGAUUCCAGACAUUCGUUGUUGCAUUCUAUCAGAUGUCAUCAAUGGAAAAACUGCUCAAAAAUCAAUGAAUGACUUGUGUGAUGUAUUCAAAAAUCAUAAAAUCGAUAAGGAAGAUCAUGGUUAUUGGUACAAACGAUUCAAAAAUGGACACUUAUUCAGUCAAGUUACAUUCUCUAAUUUGCCAGAAGAUGUGAUCUCUGAAAUCGCGGGAACGUGUGAUUUGACGUCAUAUUUUCAACUCCGAAACGUGUCACAUAGCCUCCGAAGCAUUGUCGAUCACACAAAACCACCAAUUACACAUAUCAUAGUCGAAUGUGAAGAAAACCAGAUCUCCUUGAAUCUGAACAAUGAAGUGCCAGUGAUUUUUACUGAUCUUAACGACGUGGACCCUCCUUCAGAUUUCCCUGAUCAUUUCUACAAGUUUAAGGACAACGAUUACCAGAAAGUGGCGUUCAACUAUUUGGAAAUAUUGCUGAAAAAUCCUAAACUUCAAUUGGACUAUGUUCAACUUGUAUUUUCCGAUGAUACGCAUAAUAAAAACAAUCAAAUGUUUCGCGAUCUUCUCAACUCUUUGAGUCAUAAAAUCCACGUGAAAGAAUUUCACAUUCAUUUUCUGACGGACAAGGAUAUCAUUACUGUGGUGAAAUGUGUCAAACCUGGAACACUCAAAUCUCUGUUGGUGUUCGAAAACGAAGACGACGAAGAGCUCUCGACUAUUCAUGAAUUGGUUGAAACGGAACAAUGGAGAAAUGCUGAAAUUUUUUUGAGCGGGAAACUUCUAGACACAUCGAUCGAGCAUUUCUUCCAUUUCGACAGGUUUUUAAUCAAUAUUAAAUCGCUUUCGAUGGAAGACGUGAUGAAUUUGACAAGUGUUAGUUAA